GCACUGUCGACGUCGUCGUGCCCUCCGUCGUCGUCGGCGUCAAACCGAGUCAUGUCUGACCAGAAGCAAGAAAUUUUACCGCCUGUGCCGGCAAAAGACCUCAGGACGCAGGUAAAGAAGUGGAUGGGCGGACAGACAGACCUGGAUACGACACGUGCCGUGCCACUGUGGCUGUUUAUUGUCUGUCUGUUUGCUCGUUCAGUUUGUGUGUGCGGCCGUGCCUCUCAUCGGCUUCGGUAAGCUGGUGAUUCUACACUCACACAAACACCCACACCGGUGCAAGUCCGUCCACAACGAAUGGUGGGUGAUGUGUGUAUGUGAUGGAUGUGCAGGUUUCAUGGACAACACGAUCAUGUUGCGGGCGGGGGAGCUCAUCGAUUCGACGCUGGGCGUCACAUUUGGACUGGCCACCCUCACUGCUGCUGCUGUCGGUACGUACGCACAGCAAUCAACGCAGACAAUCACGAGCUGAGCUUCUCUCUCUGCAGGCCAGCUGUGCAGCGACACGUCAGGCAUAGUGUUUGGCGGGUGGAUUGAGGCGAUGGCGCAGAGGCUGGGGCUCCCCACACCCAAUGUCACACCUGCACAGAGGCAACAAAUACCAUUCAAGUAGGAACCAGGGCGGUAGGCACAAGACAGAGAGAGAGAGAGAGAGAGAAAGGCGAUCUCUCUCGAUCGCACAAACAAGUGGUGUGCACGUCACGUGUAGGGUUGUGACGACGGCCGGUGCUGCGGUGGGUGUGUGUUUUGGGUGUCUCUUGGGGAUGGCCAACCUGCUCUUCAUGAACGUCGACAAGGCCGAGCGGCAAAAGAAACAGAAGGAGGUACCCAAUAGAUAGAUCGGGAGGGACGAGGGGGAGAGGAUAGACAGGAUGAGUGAGGAUGAGAUGAGACCUUAAGGCAGGCAGGCAGGUGGCUCUUCAUCUCAUCUGUCUUCUUCCGUGCAGCUCGACACCAUAUUCGAGAUGGUCAUGUCCGAUGGGCCCAAAAUGUUCGACUGCGAGAGGGUAAUCAACCAGUGAGUGACGCCACCGACCAGACCCACAGACACACCCAAUCCAAUGCAGUCACUACUCACUUCGCUUCGCCCAUCUGCGAUGGAUGUGUAUGCAAUUCAGGUGACGUUGUUCCUGUACGACAAGAGCAAGGAGGAGCUGUGGUCCAAGGUCGUGUCGGGCGAGCAGGAGGGCUUCCAGAUCGUCCUCAAGACCAACGCAGCAGAGCAGGGCUUCACGCGAUGGGUCUUCUACAACAAAACCAUUGUCAACGUACGAGAGGCCAGAAAGGUAAGGUCGGUCAGAUGCAAUGCCAGAACACAGAGAUGGAGAGAUGGAGGGAAGGGCCACCCGCCAUGGUCUAUCCCAUCCCCUCUUCGCCUGUGCGAGUGUGUAUGUGUCUGUGUAUGUGUAUGUGUAUGUGUAUGUGUGUGUCAGGAUGCGCGCUUCGACCCGUCAGUGGACCACCGGACAGGUUUUGUGACGCGGUCGGUGCUGGCGGGCCCGGUGGUGCGUGAGGACGGCGAGGUCGACGGCGUCAUCAUGCUACUGAACAAGCACAACAGCAAGGGAUUCACAAAGGUACCUACCUGAGCGACCCACUGACUCACACACAGAGGCACACAGUGUAGUGUAUCCACCCGCUCCAUCCCAUGGACUGUCUGUCUCUCUCGUCUGGUCUGGUCUGUGUCUGUCUGUGCAGGAUGACGAGCGAAUGCUGCGCAUGCUGGCCAACCACGUGCGCAUCUUCAUGGACAAGUUUGAGCACGACCCGUCCUCCAACCAGUCGGUUAUCUUCCUCAGAGCCCUCCCCUCGCGAGUGCGGAGGGCCGCCGAAUCCUUCGGCAAGGAAUCCAACAACGACACCACCGUAUUCGCAACCUCCACUUGAGGGAUGGUUUGUCAGCCCUCCACGUGUGUGUGUCCCCUGUGUGUGUGAGAGAGAGGAGUAAGAGAGAGAGAGAGACACGUCGGAGGGUUUUUCUCGCUCUUAUCGAGUUUUUCCGUGUGGAUUCGCUUGCGAGUUUUUCGGUGUGUGACAGACGGCAGGAUGGACAGACAGGCAGACUGACGGGUGUGUGCGGUGCAUUGCGUUGCGGUGGGCGGCCUUCCUCACUCUGUAGGGGAUGGACGGUCGAUACGACGGAUGCCAGACACACUGACCUGAGACACCUGUGUAGAUGGAUGGAUGGAUGGAUGGAUGGACUCCGUUCCGUUCCCCUGCUAAGCUAACAAACCAAACCUGUGUGCCUGAAUGGGUCACUUACUUGCGGUAGGUACUGACGUGGUACGCACCUUUUCUGCGUGCGGGAGCGCGCCGGUGCCGUGUGUUGUGUAUGUGCCGUCGCGUUGUGUGAUGCGAAAUACGUGUGUGUGUGUGUGUGUGUGGCACGGAUUGCGCGUACGUACUCUGUCCGUUUGUCCGUUUGUGUGGUGUGCCCAUUGCGUAUGGACAGAGAGGCGACCGGCAGACAGACAUUGAGACAGACAUUGAUAUGGAGAAACCCAUGCAUGGACCUCCCAACCUACUCGGACGACGCAUUGCAUUGCAACCGACAGACAUACAGCUGCAGAAAUGUAUGUGUGUGUGUGUGUAUGGAUGGCGGGCGGUUUUCACCACUUACUCCGCCCGCCUCUGUACGCAUCUCAUCCAGGUAGGUCGCCGCGUCUCGUAUACGUACGUGUGUGUGUACAUUAACUACAUAAGUGAGGGUAGCUGUCUGUGUCCGUGCGGCUGGAUGGAUGGAUGCCGACCGGCACCUCCGAAAACAACAAACUCGCUGCAUGUGUCUGGUGUGUGCACGUGUGUGUGCACUUAGGGUGGCUGACACUCACCCAGCCUGUGGGUCUGGCUGUCGACGUUGGUGUGAAUCAGUGUGUGUGA